UUGCUAUGCGGGGCCUAGCGCCCCCCCGCAACCAGACUCGCGAUGGGGAAGCAAACCAUCCCCAUCUACGCCCGGGUGAAGCCGCUGGCGCGGCGGCAGCGGGCGGGGAUUUAUUCCAUUGAAGAAGAUAGAUCCGCAUCCAGUUUACAGAUUAUUGUGCCACGUGAUUUGGCAGAUGGAUUUGUCAAUAAUAAGCGAGAGAGUUACAAGUUCAAAUUUCAGAAAAUUUUUGAUCAGGAGACAAAGCAAGAUGACAUUUUUGAAAAUAUUGCUAAACCAGUGGCAGAAUGUGCUCUAUCAGGAUAUAAUGGUACUGUCUUUGCAUAUGGACAGACAGGCAGUGGCAAAACUUUUACCAUCACUGGAGGAGCAGAGCGUUAUAAUGAUCGAGGCAUCAUUCCCAGGACCCUGUCUUACAUUUUUCAGCAAUUGCAGAAGGACAGCAGCAAAGUGUACACAACCCAUGUUUCCUACUUGGAAAUCUACAAUGAGUGUGGUUAUGAUCUUUUGGACCCAAGACAUGAAGCCUCCAGAUUGGAGGACUUACCAAAAGUGACAAUAAUGGAAGACCCAGAUCAGAACAUUCAUCUGAAAAACCUGUCUCUUCAGCAAGCAACCAACGAAGAGGAAGCACUAAACCUUCUAUUCUUGGGAGACACUAACAGAAUGAUUGCAGAGACUCCAAUGAAUCAAGCCUCAACUCGUUCCCACUGCAUUUUCACCAUUCACAUCUCAAGCAAAGAGCCAGGAUCUGCAACUGUCCGACGCUCCAAGCUACAUUUAGUUGACUUGGCUGGUUCAGAGCGUGUUGCAAAGACUGGAGUUGGAGGCCAGCUACUGACAGAAGCCAAAUAUAUCAACCUGUCAUUACAUUACUUGGAACAGGUAAUAAUUGCCCUUGCUGAGAAACAUCGAUCCCAUAUUCCCUACAGGAAUUCUAUGAUGACUUCGGUGCUAAGAGACAGCCUGGGAGGGAACUGCAUGACCACCAUGAUUGCAACACUCUCUUUAGACAAGAGAAACAUAGAUGAAUCAAUAUCAACUUGUAGAUUUGCACAGCGAGUUGCCCUUAUUAAGAAUGAAGCAGUUCUUAAUGAAGAAAUUGACCCAAGACUGAUGAUUGUCCAACUAAAGAAAGAGAUCCAGGAGUUGAAGGAUGAACUGGCCAUGGUGACUGGGGAGCAAAGAACAGAAGAACUCACCCAAGAAGAGCUACUUCAAUUGGAUGAGCUAAUCAAAAGGUUUCUUGAAGAUACUGAUCGUGAGAGUACACUGGACGUUGGACCUGAUAUGCGCAAGAUCAAAUAUUGUUUUAAUCAUGUAAAGCAACUGAUGAGUCAUGCAAAGAUUCCUGAUAAAAAUCUUCUUGCACCUGACAUCACUGGAGACAAGACUAUUUCAGUGGGGAAAGAAGAAUUGAAGAAACUGAGAGAAAUUCUUCAGCAAAGAGACAGUGAAAUUAAUAUUCUAGUACACAUGUUAAAGAAAGAAAAAAAGAAAGCACAAGAUUCCCUCUUUCAGCUCAGCAUUGGCUCUAGUGAUCAUACAACCCUGGAGAGUUCUCCUUCUGUAAGCUUGGAGGGAGGUGAGAGAACAUCUACCUGUGAUAAUGUAAAAGAGGCAAAACAUUUCAGUCCUUCAGUACACAGAGCUUCUUUUCUUCUCAGGCGAACAGAUGGAUCAGGAGAGAUGUCACUUGGACGUCAGGAGGCUUUUGAAAUUUUCAAGAGGGAUUAUGCUGAUAAUGUGACCAUCGAGGACAACAAACAGCUUCUUAAACAGAGGUUUGCUGAAGCAAAAUCCCUGGGAGAAAAAGUAAAUGAAGUAAGAAAUAAAAUAAACCAUCUGAAAGAAGAGAUAACCCAGCGCCACAUGCAAAGGGCAGCUCUAGACACAAGUUUGCCAAGAGCAGCAGAACUGAGAAAUAAAAACAAUAUAAAUACUAAUUGGACACUGAAGACCGUUCAAAAUGUGAUUACUUCAAGUGACUGUAAAUGUGUUGCCAGCCCUUCUGAAGAGCUGAAUAAGUCUGAUCCAGUGGAAGAGAAACUUCGAGCACAACUUGAAGAUGAGAAAAAAAGUUAUAAAACCAUGUUCAAUCGUUUGAAAGGGCUAAAGAUAGAGAUUGAACACUUGCAGCUUCUUAUGGAAAAAGCCAAGGUGAAACUGCAAAAAGACUUUGAAAUCUGGUGGUCUGAGGAAGCAAGGAGUCUGCAGGAACAACUGGGAAAGCCACACUUGAGUAAUUCACCAAGUGCCUUGACAACUUCUCCCCGGUGUUUUGAAUCCCAGCAUCAACUGUAUAAUAACAGGUUCUCAGAAAGCAGGAGAGCCAAUCCCAAUGAAUACCCUACUGGAGAAAACAGCAUGAGCAACCUGAGUGACUCAGCUUCACAAAUAAGGCUUGGGGAUCAAGUGAAAUUCAUCUUGACGUUCAAUAUUUCUGCUUUAGAAAUAGUCAAAAGACCUCCCUUCUGCCCCAUUUUUGUAUAUUUAAGAACCGCUCAAAUUGAGUGCUUAGGAUCUGCAACAUAGUUGACUGCGAAUAACAAAUGACUCAUGGAUGAAAACAAUUCGAACUUUCUAAGGAAUGUUGUUGAAUUUGUGCAGUCAACAUCUUCAGCAUGAGCAAAGAUCAAGCAAGACUGAAAUGGCUAAACAGGAAGUUCUCUCUUUGUUUAUUUGGAAUUUGACAGUCAUAUUGUAAAGGUCAUAAUUAUCUAAAAAUCUGUAUAACACUUUUCCAUAUCAGCAAUAAGUUAACCGUUUCUUUGUCGCUGAUCACUUUUCUUCAUUUUUGAUGACUGUACAAUGGAAGCUUAAGGAAGAAGUCAUGUGAAAUUCAGCAGUUUUGUCUUCAUGUGUUUGCCUGAGCCAUUGCUGGUUUUGGUUCUGAUAGAUUCCAGAGUAGUUCUAUGCAAAAACAGGAAGUAUUUGGUUUAUAAAAUGUAGGACCUUUGCUGAUGCCAACAAUGCAUUAUUGAUUUCCUUUUUUUGAGAAAAGGCAGUUUUAUGGCUCAAAUUUUGAGAUUGUGUUACAAUAUGAAAAAUGAUCUCUUUAGCAUUGUGACAUUUCAGGAAUUAAAGGUGUCAGAAAAAUGAGGUUUUCACUUAAGUACAUCAGAUUAAAUGUUACAUUCCCCCAAAUGUCCAGACUUGAACAAACAGCAGCGACAUUUCACAGAUUUACAGUGAAACUGAAAUAAUUUUUGCAAAAUGCAAAUUAAAUAUGAAAAUGUAAAUGCAGGUUCAUAUGUUCAUGCAAAUAUUUUGUAUAGCUCUCUACACACUUUGUGUUAUCUUCUUCACAACUCCCAGUCUCAAUUCGAGAGUGAGAUCCAAGCAACUCAAAAUAUUUAAAGCACACAUCUAAUUCUUCAAGAUGUACAUGAAAUCACUCUAUUUCAUGAUAGUGCUAAACGUGCACUGCUGAAAUCUGAAAAUGUUUGGUUGUUCAGAUACAAAUACAGAUAACCUGAUUGCCAGGAGCCGUGUAUUCCUAGAAUGUUUUCCUCAACUUGCUGGAAUUAAAUUUUGUAGCAAAUUGAAAGUUAUGCCACAGCAUUCGCGGGAUUGAAAUAUACUUGAAGCUAAAGUUUUUCACUAAACUGGCAAUUAAAAUGCAGUCAAUAAGGUAGUUUUUAAUUUAAAAAGUACUGAGUUUCUCUGUAUUUCAGUUUACUCUAAAAAUCACCCCAGGGUCAAAAUAAAUCAAUAUAUUUUGCACAGA